CUCUCUUUAGCUUCUCUUAUUUCCCUCUUCCUUUGAGCUGCCGCCGCCGUUUCCUCCUGCAAAACUUGAACUCUCUUCGCCGUCUCUUUCGGACUGCGAUUACUUCGGAGGAGAAACUGCGACGGCUAGCUCAAGUUUUUGGGAUAAACGUUGGUGUUUAGUUUCAUUGUCUGGUUGAUUUGGAGCUUCUACGCAGUGUUUCAUCAUGCAGAGUUUGAGGAGUAACUCUGUUGUUAUUAAGCUACUUACUUAUUCAGAUGAGCUUUUGGAGGGGAAACCGUUGUUUGUUUCUUCUAAUUGUCUCCCUGUGAAGGCUUUGAACCGUGAACCUGCUGGUUAUGCGUUUCAUUCCGCUGCUCUCAAACUUCUUUGUUGUGCAGAGGACAAAAAAGAAGAUGAUAGCUCUUCUGCAUCUCCUAAGAAAGACGGAAACGAGAAGGGUCUGGAAGAUAUUCCUUCUUAUGAAACUUACAAGAAUAACAGCAGCAAUAAGGGGAAGAAGAAGAAGGCAGGGAAGGAACAGGAGCAGCAUGAUCACUAUGCCUUGUUGGGUUUGGGCAAUUUGAGGUAUCUUGCAACUGAGGAUCAGAUUAGGAAAAGCUAUCGUGAGGCUGCUCUGAAGCUUCAUCCUGAUAAGCUCUCUGCUGCUCUCCUUCUUUCUGACGAGAGUGAUGAAGUCAAGCUAGCUAAAAAAGAAGCUAUUGAAUCUCACUUCAAGCUGAUACAAGAAGCAUAUGAGCUUCUCAUGGACCCAACUAAGAGGAGAAUAUUUGACUCUACUGAUGAGUUUGAUGACGCAGUCCCAAGUGACUGUGCUCCCAAAGACUUCUUCAAGGUGUUUGGUCCAGCGUUUAAAAGGAACGCAAGGUGGUCUGUUAAUUCUCGUGUGCCUGAUUUGGGAGAUGAAAACACACCGGUUAAAGAGGUUGACAAGUACUACAACUUCUGGUAUUCUUUCAAGAGCUGGAGAGAGUUUCCUGAGGAGGAGGAGCACGAUCUUGAGGAAGCAGAGUCACGUGAGGAGAAGAGGUGGAUGGAGAGAGAGAAUGCAAGGAAAACUCAGAAGGCUAGAAAGGAAGAGUAUGCUCGGAUAAGGACUCUUGUUGACAAUGCUUACAAGAAGGAUCCAAGAAUAGUGAAAAGGAAGGAGGAAGAGAGGGCUAAGAAACAGGAGAAGAAGGAUGCUAAAGUUAAUGCCAAGAAGAAGCUGGAGGAAGAAGCUGCUGCAGCUAUUGAGGAAGAGAAGAGGAGAAAAGAAGAGGAAGCUAAACUCGCUGCAGAGGCUGCUCAGCAGCAAAAGAAGGCCAAGGAGAAAGAGAAGAAGCUUCGUACCAAGGAACGAAGUCGGCUCAGAACUCUCUCUGCACCUGUUGUGUCCCAGCGUCUGCUUGGCAUCACUAUUGCACACGUGGAAGAUCUCUGCAUGUCACUUAGCUUUGAGCAGCUGAGGAAUCUAUGCGACAAGAUGGAAAACAAGGAAGGGCUGAAACUGGCGAAGGUGCUCAAGAAUGGGAACAAUGAUGAAGCUGAGAGUGAAGAUGAAGAAGUGGUGGGCGCUAAGCAGAAUGGUCAUGUAGAAGCCAAUGGAUUCAUGGUAGAUACUGCUACUCAGAGCCCUCGACCUGCUGCAAUGGUCUGAGAUUUUUGGUUUUGACAGAAGAGCGUAGACUCUUAAGUUUUGCUACGAUUAAUAUUUUUCAUAUACAUCAUCAUCAUCAUCAUGCUACUAUCCUCUCCUCCCUCCUUACAUAGAGUGUUUUGACAACUGAAUCUAUUCUUAUUUAUCUAUAUUUUGUUUCUUGGUCUAAUUUGAUGUUAUGGUCGAGCAUCAACAUUGGUUUUUCUUUUUUUUUUCUGUGAGUUGGUGUAGCAGAUUAACCAAAUAUAAUUAAUCAAAGUGAUAGGAACUGAUAAAUUAAAC